AUGGAAACUAUAAGAAGAUCAUGGAAAUUACAAGAAUUUGUUGCCCACAAGGCAAAUGUCAACUGCUUGGCCAUGGGACACAAAUCGAACCAAGUCUUAGCUACUGGAGGUGAUGAUAAAAAAGUUAAUUUAUGGGCGAUAGGGAGACAGAGCUGCUUGAUGAGUUUAAGUGGCCACACAACUCCUGUUGAAUGUGUUUGUUUUGGACACUCUGAAGAUUUGGUGUGUGCUGGUUCACAAACGGGUGCACUGAAGAUUUGGGAUUUGGAAGCAGCAAAACUUUUAAGGACUUUCACUGGACAUAAGGGUGCUAUAAAAUGUAUGGAUUUUCAUCCUUAUGGUGAUUACUUAACAACAGGGUCUUGCGAUAGCAACAUAAAGCUGUGGGAUACUAGGAAAAGGGGCUGUAUAGUAACCUACUCGAGUCAUCAAGUUGCUGUAAAUAGUUUGCAGUUCAGUCCAGAUGGUCAAUGGAUAGCUUCAGCAUGUGAAGAUGGACUAGUCAAAGUUUGGGAUGUAAGAGUGGGCAAAGUACUUCAAGAGUUUAUGGAACAUACAUCUGCAAUAACAUGUAUUAAAUUUCAUCCACAUGAGUUUUUACUUGCUAGUUGUGGUACAGACAGGACUGUAAAUUUUUGGGAUAUGGAAAAGUUCCAAUUAGUCUCAAAAUUCGAAAAAGAGAAUACUUCAAUAAGGCACAUGGUAUUCAGUAACGAUGGUACUACAUUAUUAGGAUGUGGUAAUGAUGGCCUUCAGGUGAUCGGCUGGGAACCAGCUAGAGUUCUUGAUACGGUACCUGGUCAUUGGGGUCAAAUACAUGACAUCACAAUUGCACAAACACAACUUAUUGCCGGUUCUUUCCACUCCACAUACGUUGUACUAUCUGUUGUUGAUCUUAAUAAAGUACAUCCAUUCGGUGGUCCUCCUCCGGUUGUACCUACUGUAGUUCGAGAUCUUUCACCAUUCCAAAAAGGUCACUCGGUCAGAAAAAGCUUUUCAAAGGAAAAGCCAUCCAAAGAAGUGUUGCAUCAGAGAACACUUCUAGACGAAAAAACCGCCGAAGAAUCUACGUCAGGAACUGAGGCAGAUGAGGAUUCAGGUGCUGUUAUACCUAAUUUUAAUGACUACACUGAAAUUUUCCGACCUUCUAGAUCAUUAACCCGAACACCACCACCAGCCACCAGUUUAUCGUCCGAAGAUUAUUCUAUUUCAAUUCAAGAAUCGCCGAAUAAGUUAGAAAGUGGUAUGAGCUCGUCUUUGCGAGACUUAAUGUUGGAGGAACCAGUGCCAUUGACCCGACCUACGCCUCAACCAUCACCGCCGCAAAGACAGCGGCCCGAAAAUUAUUCACGUAUACCAAUGUCUACUAAGGAACAUUACACGGUCAUGGAUAAGAAAUCUGAAAUCUCUUCGAGGGUGGUGGAUAAUGCUAAAGAAGAUAACACGUUUGGCACAGCACAAACUUGUGCUAUACGAGAUUAUGCUGCUAGCCCUCUCUCGGCAAACACACUUAACCGCCAUAACUCAUACAAGGAGACAAAAUCCACUACAGAAUUAACCAACACCAAUCUUAGACAAAGCAAUAGUGAAAUAUCUUUAGGACCUCCGUCUUUAGGUCCUAGGUCUUUAUCAUUUACUAGAACUACUGAAACUAGACGAAGAGUGGAAAAUGUUGUUAGAGAUAGUGUACCAGUAUCAAGGAAUAUUGAACCAGCUGAAAGAGAACCAGAACCAGAAUUUGUACCAUUCGCAACUGACCGCCCUGUUGGACUAGACCUGGAUGAAUUCGUACCUCGGGGCUUGGGCGCGGGCGGGGUGAGGCGCGGUGUGCGGGGCGGGGGCGCGGAGCCGAGCGAGCAGGAGGUGCUCGGCGUCAUGAUGCGAGGGCACGACUCCAUGAUGGCCGUGCUCACCGCGCGACAACGAGCCCUACAGAUAUUCCAUUCUGUUCGUAUCAAUAAAAGUUUGAAAUCAGCUUUGGAGUCGAUAAUUGCUCUUGAAGAUACUUCAGUUAUAUUAGACAUUCUGAAUGUAAUGGCUCAUAAACCGUCCCUAUGGAAUUUAGAUAUAUGUUUGUUGAUGUUGCCCAAAAUUUACGAAUUGUUGCAAAGUAAAUACGAAUCAUAUAUGCAAUGUGGUUGUAAUGCGUUGAGAUUGAUAGUACGCAACUUCUCAUCAGUUGUUAGAGCUAAUGUGAGCGCGCCGGUACGUACACUAGGAGUGGAUAUUCCGCGAGAAGAGCGUUAUGCUAAAUGUGUUCAGAUACACCGACUACUGCUCGACGUACGCGCCUUCCUUCUAAAGAGACAAACCCUUCAAGGCCGCCUCGGUGCCGCCUUCCGCGAUCUUCACACACUGAUGCAGCAAGGCCUCGACUGA